AUGAGUCUUACACGAUGCGCGCGAACAAGCUCUUUGAGCUCUUGCUGCUGUCAACGCAAUAUAGCCCGCCCUGCAGGUAUGGCUAUUUUUAUUCAAGCCCAGCGUCUGGCGAACAAGGCAGAACUUCGUGAGAACGAUACUGAAAGACCGCCGGACGCCGAUUCAAACGAGGAUUAUUCAAACAGCAAAGAACUCCCACAGCCCAGCGCAACAGACGGAGCUAAAGAACAUGAUGAAUACUACAGCCUCAAAAUGCACCGUGAAGGGCCCAAUACCGAGGGUGGCGAAUUGGACCCUAAAUCCGAAUCAAAAGAUGUCAAACGCCAUAAUAAAGAUAUGGCGAACCGUUACGAGAAGCGUUGA